AUGGCCGACUACACCCAACUCAAGGUGCCAGACUUGAAGAAGCUGUUGCAGGAGCGUGGUUUGACGCUAUCUGGUAACAAGGCGGAUCUCAUUGCGCGCCUGUCAGAGCAUGAUAAGAAAGAUGGAGGUGGUACUGCAGCUGGUGAGGAUGAAAUCGACUGGGAUGAAGAUGACAAGGCUACAACAGCACCAGCUGCUGCCGCCAUUGCUGCUGGAGGUCAAGGACAAGUCGCAAAUCCGACUGCGGUUCCCAAUCAAAAAGUCGAUACCGAUCCCUCUGCGACUACCGAUUUAAAGGUCAUCGGCGGAGAUGCAGUGCCAGUAGCAGCAGAUGGCGUUAUCGCAGCAUCAGGCGCAACAUCUACAGACGCUGCUCCGAUUCCAGAGGAGCCAAAGGAGGAUUUUAGCAUUGGUAUUCAACAAACCGAUGCAGAAAAGGAGGCAGCAAGACGCGCGGCACGGGCCAAACGAUUCGGCAUAUCAGAGGAUGACGAAGCGACGAAGUUAGCAGAACGGGCAAAGAAAUUCGGCGUUGAGACUAAAGAGUCAGUUGUUCAGGGUCUAGAUUCUGCUUUGCCGGAACGCAGACAAAAGAGGGGAAGAGAGGACAAGCAGAGUCAAGGUGGUCGGAAUGCAAAGAGACAGACACCGGAUCGACGAACGGGGCCAGGACCAGGACCGAAGCCCGCGGCAGCCGCUAAAAAGCCUUCAACCCGAGUUGUCGAUGAUCCGAGUGAGAAAGCAAAGGCGGAAGCACGAGCGAAGAGGUUCGAAUCGGCUGCUUAG